CGGGCUGUUUCAUUCUGAACUCUCAAACCAAGAGUGGCCCAGGAGAGAACAGGACAGGAGUCAACAUGGAUCGCGGCUACUUCGUGGUCAUUUUGCUGCUCAGCGUCACAAGGUCCAAGGUGUACGGCCAAGAUUUUGAAGGAUGUGUUGGUCCAUAUCCACCACCGGUGUUUCACGACUACAGUUUUACAGACAGACCACUCGUGGUCGAGGCGAAGGUGUCGUCAGCAUAUCCAGUUAGCGUCAACUGGCACGUAAGAUACUGGUAUGAGGACUGGCCUAAAAGUAGAGCCUUAUACUACUACAUACCGGAGAAUGGGGAUGACCAGUUCCAAGUUUACCAACAGAAAAGCGGCAAUGCCACACUGGUCCGCAUCACAGCAGAGACCAUGGAGAAUGCCCCCAAGAACCUAGGCCUUCAGAUAUUAGUCCACAAUCCUUGCACUACAAUCGAAUACAUCGUGAAUACAGCAACAAUCGGAAGGAUUUUCAACGGAGCUAUCCAUUUCCCGGUUAUGACCAAAGUGCCGGCGCCGGAGUACGUUGUCCAGCCGGGCGAGUUCCUAAGCGUGCCGUUUGGGGCGAAGGCCAAUCCUGUAGCCUAUUCAGUUUACGAAUACGGGCGGCAUAUCCGGCGGGAAGGCGACCGCUUGACAGUUCAGCAAAGGUUGGAGAAUAAUGGAGCUAUGCCUUACACGGCCCAAAACGUGAGAUAUUCACCAAGCUCAAACACCAAUGAUGAUAGAACGAAAACUUGGGGCGUUUCUAUGGAUUUCAAACCGUGGUCUGAGGCCGAUAGCGGGGUGUUUGUCGCGACGCGCUUUUCCGCCUACUUCUAUUUGCUUCCGAGUUCCGAUCCCCACAAAUACUAUAUCAGCUACAGGAUCAGAGCUUUCUUCGACGUUCGCAGCCGCCAGGUGGCUACACCAGCCCUAACAGUUUACAAUGAAUUGGACUUUCUCUACAGAGGGCAGCCUUUUCAGGAAUCGAACGGGAACUACCUCAUCCCUCUUCCCAGGACACUGAAAUGGGCCCAGUCAAUCCGAUGCAUAGCGCAUGCCAGCAACAAUCCCGUCAUACAGACAAGUAUGUUCUUCCCCAAGAAUGCAACAUGGCAGACCUUUGAGAACACAUCCACCAUCAUCGGCACAAAGACUGUGGCGUCAGAUGCGUUUGCGGUGGAUGGAACCUACCGGAAGUACAAGUGCAAGGCGCGUGCAGGAGGGAGGGAGGCGACCUUGACCUUCGCGACUAUAUGGUUCACCCCUUUUAAACUGGUUAGCCGAGAGCCGAAACUGAGUUGGUUAGACAAAGAGCCAUUUACUGUCACCUGCACCGGCAGAGGCGAACCUCGUGUAGCAGAUCAAUUUGCGAGGUUUUACCUCCUCAAUGCCACCUUCCGGUAUUACCCGAAUAGUCGGGACUACUUUGUCCAACACCGAAUCGAUGAGGUGACGGCUUCGACCCCUGGUACCAGCCUGUCAGUAGAUUACAUACCCGACCAAGGUAAAGUGACGGGGCGUCUGGAGGUUCUCGAUGCUAAUGCUCUUAAAGGCAAGAAGUGUCUCAUGUGCGUCGUCGGAGACCGUUAUAGUUUCGAUUACCACAGAUAUUGGAUGUCAUAAUCCAACAAGCCCAAUACUCCGUAGAGGACUUUGACUUAUCACCACGAUUAGCAGAAGUUAGAAACAAAAUACAUGCUCUCUUAACAGCAAGGUUUGAGAAGAAUAGGGCCAGGUUGUUCAACCCCUCAUCAAAGUGCUGUUGCAGUCUCCGUCUGGUGCUUACCAAGUGCUUUAGUCUUCUCGUAAUCUUUCAAAUUUUCAACAUCUCGGCGUUAAGUGAGCUAAUAAAUUCAUUAGUUAGUAGCGUAAUCAAAAUUAGUCCCGUUCAUUCCUUAAUACAUACGAAGCAGUCGGCUUAAUGCGUCAUCAGUAAAUUGAGUUUCUCUAAGUGUGCAAUUUUAACACUCGUCCUGGACUCGUAACAAAGCACAAAGGCGAGAAAUCAAAAUCCAAUUGUAAAUGACAGCGCUGAUUCUCAAUGAAAUACAACUCUGUUUUUAUGUCGCUGAACAUCUUCACUUCCAUUUCGUCAUCCUAUUCAUACUGUCUCUUAGUGUGAGGAACGAGGCCGGUCCACUGCGUCCGGUGUGUACGCACAUGUUGCAGGCAAGCGAAAGGAAAUGGAAUUCGAUGCAAAAUCGCCGCGCGUACCAAAACUUAGAGGUACAUGUACAUUGAUAUUUAAGUAAUGCUAAUUCGCUCUGCAGCUGCUAGUUUAUUAACUAGAUUCAUGGUUUUCAAGUUUUCCCGUAUGGACGACGAAUGGUUCAUCAGAAAUCGAUCCGUUCACCUUCGUGCCUUAUUCAGCAGGUUAUGAUGACCAACUGGGUAUCGAUACCCAUUGCUGCACUGAGGAUAAUGAUUGACCAGGUGGAUUCAUUCGUACGUGAAAUUGUGGUGCAUUCAUCUGCAGAAUACAGUUUUUUGUGUCAUUCCAAAUGUCCCUUAUCAAGAGCGCGUUGCCGCAGGCAAUGGAGUAGUUUGUCCGUAUGGAGGUGUCCCGAGUCCGGCCAGCACUUGUUUGCCAAGCUAUAAUUUUCACUUCAUGGCUACUGAAAACUGUGCCAAGUAUAAUAUGAGCCAUUUCUGAUUGUUAAAAUAUCUGUCAGCUUGCAAAGAAUGAGUACAAUUUAUGCAUGACGUGACUGUCUUCAGCAGAUAUGCUACGUCGAUAGCGGUUCCGCCGGAUUCGUCCUCGGAGCAGAGCGGUUUAUCGGAGGAUGGGUGACCGAGAAACAAAACAACAUUAGUCACAAGUGGCAACCGGAGAAUAUCGGAGGCGAUCGCGAAAGGGGACGAUUCCGGACUUGCUGGAUGGAUGUUGUAGUCCGCGAGUGCUGAAGUUGUAAGCGAGGUGUUGAUACAGAUAAGUUAGGACCGUGAUGCCUGGAGGGAUGAGUGAGUGAGUGAGUGUUUCGACACUGUGUCAACGUACCACUGGGCUUUAGUAACAUAAUUGAUACUUACACAUGGCUUCUCCUAGGUACCAUUUCUCCCUCGUAUGUAACUCCAUGAGAGCAGUGGGCAUCGUGACGAGUAAGACCAAGAGAUCCGCCAGGCUCAGGUUCAUCAGAAACACAUUGGUGGAAUUCCUCAUUUCCCGGUUACGCCAUAUCACAAAUGCCACAAGAAUAUUCCCAACAGUACCGAACACAAAUAUCAAUACGUAUAAAAUUGUUACAGUUAGUAACAUGUACAGAGGUAUAUCGUGACUUGGCGGUUCAAUGCCUUGGACGACGCUAUUGGAGACCUGCGGCAUCAUUGUGGUGUUGAAGAGGUUUAUCCACCCCAGGGGGUUGUCCCCUGUCGAAUAGUUGAGCGGCAUGAGGGUAGCGUACGCCUGUUACUCUCUCCUUAAGUCUAAUGGUGCGAAGUCUAUCUGGCGCGAAGGCUUGGUUCCUCGCAUUGAUAUUUGUGAAAAAGAACCCCUGAAUCCGUAGCCCACCGCAAGUGGUCACUCUACGUACUCACGGUUUAAUGGUGUCUUACUUGCCAAUUCUUUAAGAUGUUCCUACCAAGCAAUAAGUUAGCCUCAGUGAGCUCUCAUUCAGCCGAAGCGAAUGCUUUACGACGAACCCGACUGCAAUUCUCCUGAAUGGCGCAUUGACAUCUGUCGCGCAAAAACACAUUCAUCCUUCCGCGACUGUGUAAGUAUUCCUUACCACAAUCAUCUCACACCCCCAUCACAAUCUUUCUGAAUAUCACAAUGACAAAGACACAACGUAAUCUUGAGAACGUGAAUAUAUAUAUCAGGGUUACAACGUAAUGUUGAGCUAAAUUCACUCCUGCAUUUUACACUUUCGACCAUCAAAACUCCAAUCUUGAGUGUUAUCCUCUGUCAUUCCACGCACAGGUCGCGCAGCCGAUUGGCUCCAGGCUGCUUGAGAUGUAGAAGAUCUUUCAUUCUUCUAUUCUUCAAUUGCAUGUGCGUACUCAUCUAAUUCUGCAAGAGUUUAUGUUAGGCUGCGUCGUACCUACCUUUGUGGUAGAAACACUCAAUCGUAUUUACCUAAUCCCCAUAGAUCCCGACAGAUUUUUUGGCCCUGUUUGUGGAAGCUAGUGAACUUGCAGCACACGAUUUAGUACGAUGCAUCGCGAAUCUCCCUUAUUUCAAUCACACUGGCUUAGUCAUUGCCCUGGUUAUCGAGUCAAAAAAUAUACUACACACAAAACCUUUAGAUAAUUCCGAUUAAUGGCACGUUAUUUCAUCCUUUUUAUAUCCACGUAACUCGGCAGUUGGCAACAAAAUUACAAAAAUUACUAACAUUGUAACUCCAUUUUCCAUAAGAAAGUUAAAAUCCUUUUCCUCAAUUUGUUUCCUCAAAACAGGAAAGUUGUACCUUUGAUCGAUAUCGUGGUUAAUGACACAAUCCUUCCUGCUUUUUUUCGGUUUCAUAGACCAAUGCGAUUUUUUUGCUUAACAAAAUCGAAGGCAAAACUCAAAUUCUGGUCCGUGUUUGUACAAACACAACGCCCGCGUUUAGCAAAGGAACGAGUACGAUGUGUCGUCUGCCACGCGCGU